AAACCACCAAUAGGAAGGAAGUGGCCCGGCCGGAACGGUUGCUGACUAGCGAGGAGGAAGUAGGGACGGGGAGGCGUUAGAAACCGGCCGCGUCGUUUUAUCCGCGGGAGGAAUAAAGAGGCUGCCCGCGGGGGUUUUCUUCUCGUCGUAACAGUGGGAGCCGUCGGGAAAGCUGUCAGCAUGAAUGUUGGAGUAGCCCACAGUGAGAUGAAUCCCAACACGCGAGUGAUGAACAGCCGAGGCAUUUGGUUAGCUUACAGCAUUUCUGUGGCUGUGCUCCAUAUCAUCUUUCUUAGCAUUCCCUUCUUCAGUGUCCCUGUGGUCUGGACUCUAACUAACGUUAUCCAUAACCUGGUGAUGUAUUGGUUUCUCCAUACAGUGAAAGGGACCCCCUUUGAAACUCCUGACCAGGGCAAGGAUCGCCUACUCACACACUGGGAGCAGAUUGACUACGGCACACAAUGGACAUCCUCCCGCAAAUUCUUAAGCAUUUCUCCAAUCAUUCUGUACAUUUUAACCAGCUUUUAUACAAAAUAUGACCCUGUGCAUUUCAUAAUCAAUACCACUUCACUCCUGAGUGUCCUCUUGCCCAAAUUACCCCUGUUCCAUGGGGUCCGUCUCUUCGGUAUCAACCAGUAUUGAAGCAGAAGGGAUCUUGGGACUGCUGAGACGCUAUUCUUCCGAAGUAAAACUAGUUCCAAGAAAGUGUGGGCAAAGCUGUGGUUGCAUCACCUCGGACUCUCUCUGGAACCACGUUUCGCUGUGCGAGGCAAGCCAAGCUGCCACUGCUCAAACGACUGAGCCACUGCUCAAACGACUGAGCAGCAUGGAGAAUUCUUUGACGUUUCUGGCAAGGAGAUCGAAGCCACGUUUCUUGUGGUUAGUCUAUACUAGGGGUGGAAUUCUCUGGUGGAAUGAAACAAUAGUUGAAUUUCACGUGAACAUGAGUUCUCUAGCUCUCCCAUGUAAAAAUUCCCGCUUUUGCUCUUUGUAGUGGGGGACUGGGAUCCCUUUCUGCAAGGGAUUUCAUGUUGCUUAAGAUCACCUUCCUUUGAUUUGUAAACUUCCCUUCCUUUUUUUUUCAAAUGUGGUUGUGCUGCUACAUUUCCAGAGUUUUCCCACUCAGGAAAAUGAAUUAGCCUGCUGUGACAGGUCUCAUACUUACGGUUCUAAGUUGUGCAAAUAAUAUUUUGUAAAUACUCACGUGGUAGGUAUGUAUUAGCAUAACUUUGUUCAUUCCAGUUGAAUGCACAGUAUAGAGUACUUUGUGCUGCCCCUCUACACUCUCCCCCCUUUCAAGUAGGUUUUCCGGUUAUAAAGGCAUAAUGUAACACAACAUUGAAGUUGGAAGAUGCAAAUUUAAUUAUACAUUUAGUCAGUGUUCUGCACUGCUUUUGUUUUUCAUGAACCCUGCUUAUACCAGCCCCGUGAAAUUAUCAACAUAAAAAGCUGAAAAGAUAAAUGACAUGGGCAGAUCACUUAUUUAAUCUGUGUAUGAACCUUUAUUUGUUGUUGGUUUCUAUCAUAGUUCCCCAGCUUGUUAAAAAAAAGUCCUUAUUUUUAUAGGGCAGACAUCUCUAACCUGCUGUUUAUAGGCUAAAGGAAUCUCAUUUCUUAUGAGGUUUCUUCACACAUCCAUGAAAGUGAUCCAAUGUUACGUCGAGGGAAUUGGUUUAAAGCACAAGAUGAGCGCUCUGUUUACUGAUAUUUCAAAUAGCCAUCUUUAAAAAAAAGUAAGAAAGGCAGUCAAAAACAAAUAAAUAAACACAAGCUUAUAGUUAUCAGCACUUUAUAGCUAUUUUUUUCUGAUCAAAGUUUGUGCUAAAUAUUGAAAUGGUGGUUUUAAAUUUGCUUCAAAAAUCCACAGGGGACUCUAUUCUCUCUCAUUCCUUACCAUUAACUCUGGAAG